AGUAGUCUGCUAGCUGAAGAUCUCUUGUUCCUUGGGCCGCGGGCGUCCUCUCUUUCCAAGCAUCCUAUUUCCCUCCGAACGCCUCUCGAGACCGCAGUAACCUGUGACAAAGGCUACUCGACCUGUUGAAGGUACUAUCUUUGAUUCGAAGCACUCAGAAUAUCCCUAAACCUUCUGGAAUCCUGUCAAGAUUACGACGGAGAAAUUUUUUCCAAAUCUUGUGGGACAAUUUAAACGUCUCGCUUUUGAACAAACUUAGGCCCACUAGAUCGUGUUGAAAGGCGGCGAAUACCCGAGCGCGUUUUGGUAGCGAAGGCUAUUGAGGAAGACGCUGUCUGCUCGCUGAGUGGCUCCUAAUAUGGCUGCAUUGGUUCAGGCAUAUCCUCAGCAAUCUGGAACUGUGACUCUGCUCCAAACGAGACCAGGAUCGAGUACGGGAAUCAUGUCAGGCACCACGCAGGGACAUUCUGGUCAAACAUAUGGCAACUCUCAAAGAAAUGCAUAUCACGGGUCGCUAGGAAACGUAGGGGGCCAGACAGCAUAUCGAAGCAGCACCGUAACACCCAUCCAGCCAUAUGCAUUUACCUCAACGCCUAGUCUUGCGACAAAUGGGCAAAUAUCACAACAUGGAGGAUAUCGAACAUCUUCUGGGACUACGGUACCCAAUUUGCCGCAAUUGGUAGAUACAAGGAUGCAGCCAUCUGUGCCUAUGGCUCGUCCUCAGUUGAGCACCACUCCAACUCAACCUACUUUCGCACAAGUGGUUGCUGCCAAAGCUUCUCCUGAGAGAUACAGACGACCUGUGCCAAAGCUAGUCGACUCAUCUCCGUCCUUGGCUCAGUCUCAGCAGGUACAUGGUUCGGGUGCCCAAACAGGGCAAGCCGCGCAUCCAACAGUUCAGUCGUACAAUUCUAGAGCUGUUCCUCGAAGCCCAGGGAUGAUUUCUAGUCGACCCCAGAGUGCACAUGGGUCUUUGGCAGGUGCAACGAUGGACGAUAUGCAUCUUUAUCGCCAUACAGCUGAUGAUGAGUCGAAAAAAUACCGGCGACGCAGCAUUCACUCGAUCAACUCGUCAGAUUAUUUUAAUGCUCAAGCUCCACAGGGUUUCAAACAGACAUCCGAACCCUUUCAACCGGAUAGAUCAACAGGCUCAAAGAAGAUAGGUGGUGCUGACAAGGAUCAAAAGCCAGCGAGAAUUGUUCCUCUCCCUCCUCCCGCGGCCACUGCUUUGCAUGUCAGAAGUGGCAGCUCUGAAAGCAUCGUCUCUAGUCGCAGCAGCAGUAAUUCUCGGCCGUCUUCGUCGGCGAAUAAUCGAAACUCCAACGCUUCUGCCCCCACCGGCAGCCCCGCCUCGACCUCUUCCUUGUCUGGGGAAAAGGUGUCGGCUCAUGAGCAGCCAAAGAUUGUCAACAUACCGCCUAGAGGUUCAUCCACUGAUGUCAGCAAGCGAGUUCUCAGUCCAUCACCCUUAUCGAACCCGGUCAACAUGGCGCCUGGGUCGUCGGCCAACAAAGGGGUUGGCGCUGCGGCUUCGUCGCCUACGAAACAUCCGGCGUCGCCCAGUGGACCAAAAACUGAGAGUCCAGCAGCCAAGCAGCUUGCCGCAAUCAACGAGAAAGGAGGUAAAUCGAAAACUAAAACCUCGCGGCUGCGCAGAGCGUUCUCUUUUGGCAGUGCAGCCGAGCUUAGAAAAGCGACUGGACAGGAUAUUGGUGCAGAGUCGGUUGCACCCAAGCAUGACGAGCCGGCCCGACUGCAUAAAGACCCCACUGCAGAAGACCUGUAUGAGCAAGAGCAGGCACGAAUCGCUCAGAAACAAGAAGAGGGUGGUAUCGGAAGCAGCAUUUAUUCCGGUACAAAGCUAUUUUCUGGCUCAACUGAUAACUUGUCGAUAUCAUCAACUGCGUCCUCUGCUUCGAUCAUGCUCCGUAAGAUGGGACGUGGCAUGAAAAAAGGUAGUCGGUCACUCGUUGGUCUCUUCAGACCCAAGUCAAUGAUUGGGUCACCAGGUGAAGAAUCACCAGCAGCACCAGAAGCCUCCCAGGCCACUGUAUCGAUGGUCACUGUUGAAGCCGAGCGUGACCGUGUCAACGUCACUACCAAUGCUGAGCGAGCUCAGAUUACUGACACUGGGUUUCCUCAUCUGGAGCGCAACUCUAUUGACGCGGUAAAGACGAGAGAGAGUUUGAGUCAUGAUCCACAAGACACCUCGAGCGAAAACUCGGCCGCAAGAAAGAGCAUCGUAGGCGGUGAAAGGGAGCGAGCUGAAGUACUUGCAACUAUUCGCAAGGGUAUCUUGAAAACACGUAGCAACUCCCCGACUCCUCCUGCUCAAAUGCCCGAGAGCAAAGGACCAGGCUUUGGUCUUCCUACCAUUCCCAACGUUUCCGACUCGCCUUAUUCUAGUGCACCCAGCACGCCUAAUGAUGAAAUCCAGAGCCACAAGCGAAAUGGGUCCGUUGCCAUUGGAAACGAAGACUAUUUCAUGUCAGCAUUACGCCUGCGCCAGGAUACCAAGAGUGCGCCGGGAACUCCUCAGGCAGGCCACAAGCGUAACGCCACUUUCAGCCCUAGAAUUAUCUUUCAUGACACUUGGCACAGCCAGGAGUACGAUCGCCGCGGCGAAAUUGCUACGUGCAACCGCCUGACGCCUAUGCUUGCACAGCAGAUCAAAGAGGAAUUGAAUAGCUUCAAGAUGGAGAUGGAAGUUCAUGAGACAUCCAAGAUAUACACCCACUUUUUCUGAUGACGACAAAACACUUCACAAAGCAUUUCAGCGAUACUUUUUCUUUCAUUUUCGUUUCAAAGCCAUAGACCUGCGUUCAUGUUUCUGGCUCUCGUCCAAUCCAAUGGCGUUGCACAUGGCCAGCAUAGUAAGGUGUCGGGGCGUUUUCGAAUUUGUUUCUUACGUUUAACUAUCUCAUGUCUACAAGGCGAGUUAUUAGGCUCAGCCUCUAUCUUAAUUUUUGAACAGGCGGCGGGGCGGGGCAACUCGAUCUCGACAGCCAACGAGCCCUUGGUUGUACAGCUCUUCACGUCCCGUUAUUUGCUCUUUUUCCUACCACCGAGGUUACGAAACCGAACAAAUGGCAGGUUGCAUUGGACUAGCGCGUCUCUAGUUCAAGUAUCCUGUUGGUGUGCUGUGCUGCUCGUGUCAGACAGACGACACCGACUUUCCAAUGUGAGGCGAG